UCUUCCCCUUCCUCUCAUCAUCACAAAAAAACCUCUAUAUACGGAAUUAUUACUGUCCGAUUGGUUCGAUAUAUCCGAGAAAGUAGACACUCCCGAUUACGUUUAUUUAUCUUUUAUCUCUUCCACGCGUUUAAGAAAAUCCCACCCACGCUGUGUCAGUCUACUGAACUCCGCUAAACCUGCCGCAGGAGGAAAACGCUCACUCACAUUCAGCUCUCGGUUAUAAACGUGCAUAUGGCGAGUAAAUCCUUGUUGAUUUACCAUGCUGCUCUGAUGCUGCUAUUAAUAAACUGGAGGAUGGGUAUGCAUUGCAAUGAACUUUCAGUUGAUCCUCCUGAGGACCUUGCAAUAUUAGAUCCUGGUCAUCUUGGACGUCUGGAGAUUACAUGGAGCCCCCCAGCCAGCUUGAUCAAUAGGUCAGAGUGCCCGAAACUGUAUCAGCUAGAGUACUUCGACACAUACAAGAACAGCUGGACUGCCAUCAGGACAGUUUGGAGGACAUACACGGCCCAGUUUGAUCUGAUGAAAGACGUUAGAGUGAGAGCGUACACCUUGCUGAAUGGACCCUGCACCAAUGGCACUUUGAUCAAGAGCACAAGCUACACUGAACUGGUGCAGAAACCCCCCAGCACAGGCCUUGUGGGUACUGCAGUUGAGGAUUUUGUGUGUGUGUUCCAUAACAUGGAGUACAUGAAGUGCAAUUGGGGCAUAAGCCAAAAGAUGCCGGCCGACUCACAGCAAACUCUAUAUUUCUGGCACAAGAAAUUGGAACAAACAGAGGAAUGCCCAAAAUACAGCAUUUCAAAUGGAGUCAGAAGUGGCUGCGACUUUACAGGGACACCUCUCCCAGAUUUCACUGAUAUCAACUUGUGUGUAAAUGGCUCCUCUCCUGAAGGGCCCCUGAAACCAACAUACAUCUCCCUGCAAAUCCAAAACCACGUGAAGCCUGAAACCACAGAGAAGCUGCAUUUACAAACAGGUCCCAACACACAGAUGGAAAUUAACUGGGAGUAUUCCGUUGGGAAGAUUCCUGGAACCUGUUUAGAAUGGGAGGUGGAACACAAUCAAGAGGGACCUGAUGGAAAAAUGUUGUUGCAGCAGAUUUUAACCAAACAGACGAACCUGACUCUGCCCUCCAUCCACAACAAUGAGAGAAACUGCUUCAGGGUUCGGUCCAGGUUGCAUAAGUAUUGUGCAAAGAGAAGCUUUUGGAGUGACUGGAGUCCUCAGACAUGCCAUCCGGAGGAGAAACAAACCCCUGCUGAACCCGGAUGGGACAUGGUUCCUGUGUAUGUAUAUACUGCUGUUGUCAUCAUCACCAUACUGGUGCUGUCGCUGUGUGUGUGGGCAGUGCUCAAAGUGAGGAGAUCAAGGCAAGUGAAGAAGCUGGACUCUCUCACCACCUUGUUUGCCAGAAAUUCAGCUCUUUCAGUGGCAGAGACCUAAAAAAGACAACAGAACCUGCAUCUUUCUCCAAGGGCCCCACUCACAGAUGUUUUACUUUUGCACUUCACCUCUUUCAUUUUUCAGUGUCUUUGAUUUAAAUCACACAAUGAAGCUUUAAAAGAUGCCACACAGUGAUCAACUGAUUAUAAACCACUGCUAACAUGUUUCUGAAGAUAGUACAUAUGAGACUGAAGGCUACAGUGGGUUAUAUACAAAAAAAACAAUUAAAAAAAGAGACAAACAGUAUUAUUCCAAAAUACUGUACUGCGCAUGCCUUUUUUAUUCACAUUUAAUUUAAACAAUUUUGAGAUGUUCUGGUAACUGGAAAUGCUAUGUUAUGGAGAAAAGUAACACUUGUUAUGGUAGUUAUUUUCAUUGAUUAUUUAGUAUUUGCCGAAACACUUGCCAGUUGAUUAAUUUGGAAGGUAUUACUUUGCUGAUUACUCUGCUGAUGUUGUGGUCAGGGUCAAUUACUGAUUCUUUGAGAAUUUGUUUUUUAUGUUUUAUUAUUUGCCAGAUCUCUUGCCAGUUGAUAUAGUCAACACAGGGUCAUUUCAAGUUAUGGUAAAAUUAUUCUUUUUAUGGAAGUCUGUUUUAUGUUUUUGGUUUAAUUAUUUACCUUUGGCCUCAACCCUUGACAGUUUGCUCAGAGAACAAAUAUUUUAUUACCAUGUCUGUAUAAAUAACAGAUCUAAAAUGGUUUUCUAAUAUGUCUUUACUGGAAACUUUAAGCCAGUGAAGUCUUAUAAUGAAUUUUUCAUGCAAUCCAAUGGGGUUUUUGAAAUGUUUUUAUUAAAUGGAUUAAUACAGAAGAAAUAGGUGUUUCAGGGCCUUAAAGCCACAGCGUCUUGCCAGUUGUAGCUAUUUCUUCUUCUUGUCUUGAAUGUUUUGAAUUAUAACUCAACAUGACUGCAAAACAAUGUUUCUGUAACUUGAUUUUUGUUCAAAAUAUGCCAAAAUGCCUCAGUGACAUCAAAUAUUUCACCAGAUGUACUCCACCCCCCCCACCCCCGUGUGACUUGUGUACAUUACAUUGUA